AGGGCAUCGGCCAGCCGUUGCGGAGGUAGGCGAGCCCCAGGGGCCAGGCUGAGCUGAGCCGGGCCAGCGGGGAGAGGGGGCCACCAUGACCAAGGACACCCCGAGCCCCACAGGGAGCGGGGGCCGCUACUCUCCCAAGAAAUCUCCCGCCAGCCCGAGCCCGGCAUUGCUGCUGGAGGAACAGAGGAGGGAGCUGGAGACCGUGCGCGCCGAGCUGGAGGCCGAGCGGGUCCGCUCGCAGGCGGAGCGGCGGCGCUUCGCCACCGAGACCCGGGAGCUGCGGGAGGCCGGCGAGCGGGAGCGCCAGCAGUUGGUAGACCAACUACACUCCCGCUGGGAGAUGCAGCGAGUGCGGGAGCUGCGGCAGCUGCAGGAGGCCAUGGGGCGGGAGCGCGACACCGAGAUCCGCCAGCUGUUGCGCUGGAAGGAGGCCGAGCUGCGCCAGCUGCAGCAGCUGCUGCACAAAGAGCGGGACUGCGCCGUGCGCCAGGCGCGGGAGCUGCAGCGCCAGCUGGCCGAGGAGCUACUCAGCCGCGGCUACUGCAGCCGCCCGGGCUCGGCGGCCGUGGGCCCGGCCGCGGGCGGCCUCGUGGGCGCCGCCGAAUGCCGCUGUAAGCUUCAGGACGUGCUGGCCAAGCUGCGCUGGGAGACGGACGGCGAGCAGGCGGCCCGCAUCCGCCACCUGCAGGCCGCGCUCGACGUGGAGCGCAGCCUCUUCCUCAAGUACAUCCUGGAGAACUUCCACUGGGACCCAGCCUCUGUGCUCUCGACCCGGGCCCCGCGGCCCAACCUCUCCCGGCCCGAGCCCGGGGCUGCCGCCGCCAUCGUUGCUGUCCACUUCCAGGCUGCAGGCGCCGGAGAGCUGCCAACCGUGGGCAUCGGGGAGCUGCCAACAGCGGGCGUCGGGGAGCUCCCGGCCCCAGCCGCCGCCGCCACCAUCGCCACCGCCACCACCACCACCAGCGCUGCGACCCCCGCCUCCACCCCCACUCUUACUCCGCUGGGGCCAGCCCCCCCAGUCGCUACAGCCACAGGCCCAGUUUACCGCCCGCGGCCCGUGACCUGCGCCACCCGGCCACGCUCUCUGGACAGCCUGUGCGCUCCGCGGCCGCGUCCCUACACGCUCCCCUUGGACGACACCGCCGCCCGCUCCUCCCGGUCUUUGGACGGUAGCCCGAGCCGAGCCGAGUCGCCCGGGGCCGGCGAGCCCGAGGCCGGCAGUCCACUGGACAGGAGCCCCCACUACCCAGCGGUCCUGCCCCGCCCACAGUUGGCCCAAGACAACCUGGGCACCGGUGAGAAAGUGCCCCGUGAGGCGCCCCGGCCUAGCCCAGAUGACCAUCAGCUGAGCUGCAGGAGACCGCCCAGGGCCUGGGGGAGCCUUCCCCACAAAGAGGUGCCGAGCCUACAGCAGCCCGAGAAAGAAGGCGAAGCUGGCGAAGUCCCCUUGGCCCUCGCUCCGAAGCAGCCGGCCAGCGUGGCACCCCGGCACGAAGCCGUCCUGGAGCUGGAUUACAACGACCUGGUAAGACAGAACUCGGAAUUGGCCGAGGCUCUGGAGACCCUAGCCAGGCACUGCUCCGGCCUCCGAGAGGAGAACAGCCAGCUGCGCCAGGGCUUCCCAGAGUCCAGCGAGAAGGUGCGGCGCCUCAAGGUGAAGAACGCAGAGCUGGCGGUCAUCGCGAAGCGCCUGGAGGAGCGGGCCCGGAAGCUACAGGAGACCAACCUGCGGGCUGUGAGCGCCCCGGCCCCCGGGGAGAGCUGCGCCGCCCUGGAGCUGUGCCGCCAGGCCUUCGAGCUUCAGCGGGCCAAGGACAUGACGGAGCAGACGAGCGCCCUGCUGGCCAAGGACAAGCAGAUCGAAGACCUGAGGCGGAAAUGUCAGGACCUGCAGGCCCAGGUGGCCGCCUGCCAGGGACCUGCCCAGUGGUUCAACGUCAACGGCUUUGACCAUCUCCUGCGGGAGUCCCAGAAGGAGGUGCUUCGCCUGCAGAGGCAGGUCACCCUGCAAAACUUCAAGUGCCCACAAACCCAGAGGGCUGCCUCCCCGCCCCCCUCAGCCCAGCUCCAGAAUCCUGGGAGGGAGGAAGCCGCUGAGGCCCAGGAGCUGAAGCUCCAGCUGGAGGCCUUGGAGCAGACACUCAGCGAAAGACAGAAGUGUUGUAAGAACCUGGAGCUGGAUGUGGGCAAGGCCCAGCAGAGAUUCCAGGAAGCUGAGGGCCGGCUGCAGCAGGUGCUGAGUGAAAACAGCUGGCUCACCCGGGAAAACAGCAAGCUCCAGGAGAAGGCCCAGUGGAUAGAGAAGGUGGACUUGGAGAACAGCAAGAUGCGGGGCAAGCUGGAGCUGGUGAGCGAGGAGCGGGACUCGGCAGCCCUUCUGACAGCCCAGCUGCAGCAGCAGGCCAGCCGGAGCGAGGCCCAGCGCCAAGAGCUGGAGCGGGAGCUCCAGGAUGCCCUGAGCGCCCUGGCAGCCCAGCAAGGAGAGGCCCAGAGAAUGCAGCAGGCCCAGGAGCAAAUGCAGAAGGAGCACAGGGAAGCCCUGCGAACUCUGGAGGCCCAGCUCCAAGAGCUGGAGAAGCGCUGCGCCCAGCAAGCCCAGGAAGCUAACCCCCCCCCACCGCCACCGCUCAGGGGGAAGUGGGCCAAGAAAGCCAUCUGCCCCCUAGAGGGCGUCCCUGACUCCAGGACACUGGCCAAGAAGGCCAGCACCCAGGCCAGCGCCUCAGACACUGCCUCUGGGCUGCCCAGCGUUCAGUCUCAUCCAGCUCCUGAGACGGAAGAGUUAGAAGCAGACAGCCUUUCCCAAGCCCUUGAGCCAGAGGUCCCCAGAAGCCACCACAGCUACCAGAGCCAGGACAGCCAGGACAGCCAUGGUCCUUCUAAACUGAAGAUUUUCCUAGCCCGAUAUGACUAUGACCCAUUUGCAGGCCCCAAUGAUCAUCCAGAGGCUGAGCUGCCCCUAACCGCGGGGGAGUAUAUUUAUGUCUUUGGGGACAUGGAUGAAGACGGCUUUUAUGCUGGAGAGCUGAUGGAUGGCCAAAGGGGACUGGUCCCCUCCAACUUGGUGGAGCAGAUUUCAGACAGUGAGAUCCUGAAUUUACAACCUCCAGAGGGUAGUAACUCCUGCCUGGAUUCCUCCCAGGAAGUGAAAUCACACAGUGAAAACCCUAGUCCUGGGGGAAAAGUGAGUGAUUCCUUGGAGGAAGUCUCUUGUAAUCUGCUGCCAAAGAAACUGGAGAAGGACAUCAUAGAGGAGGCUUUGGACUUUUCUGGGGUUCCCUGCCCCUCAAAACUGACUCUGAUCCAGCAGCUGCCCCGGGGUGUGGUCGUGGACUGGGAGGCCCCCUUUGCUCCCAACACAUAUGGGGCUGUGCAGGGCUAUAAUGUCUAUGUGGACAACGAGUUGUGGCAGAACAUCUGUGCCGGGUCCCAGACCAGAGCCACCAUCAACAACCUGGACCUGAAGACGAGGGCCUACCGCAUCUCCGUGCAGAGUGUGAUGGAGAAAGGCUGCUCCAACCGGCUGCAGUGCUCCUUCCUGGUGGGCCGGGGCUUCUGCCCUGCCCCAAGCCAGCUGAGGCUCAGGAAUCUCACCUCCACCUCUGCCGAGAUCACUUGGCUCUACAGUAACAGUAGCUACCCCCACAUGGUGUACCUCAACAAGCAGGAGCACGGCCUCACCAAGGCCGGAGUCUGCUGCUACACCUUUCAGAACCUGCAGCCCAGCACUCGCUACUGUGCCCAUGUGGAGGCGCGGCCCCAUGGGGAGACCUCCAAGAAGCUGUGGGAGGAGAUGGCCUCCCCAGUUACUUUUACCACCCCAUCGGCCGGGCCACCUGACCCUCCCCUGGAUGUCCUGGUGGAGUGCCACACCUCCCCAGGCACUCUGCUUGUCAGUUGGAUCCCAGUGACCAUUGAUUCAGCAGGGUCAUCCAAUGGGGUCCCUGUGACGGGCUAUGCUGUGUAUGCAGGUGGGCAGAAAGUCAUUGAAGUGCGCUCCCCCACAGCAGGGACUGUCUUGGUGGAGUUUUCCCAGAUACAGCAACAAAAGCUUUCCCAAGAGGUCUCCGUGAGAACCAUGUCCCAUUAUGGCGAAUCCCUGGACUCGGUGCCAGCCCAGAUCCCUGGGGAGUGGUUGAAACAGUCCAGAUCUUACCGAUCACCCCAGGCUUUUCCUGUCAACCACAGCUGUGGGGAGCUGGCCCACCCCCAGACCCCUUCGACAUUGAAACCAUUUGUACCUGUCUCCCAAGAGAAGUUCAUUCUGGGCAGCUUCAAUACCAGGGCCAGCACCCCCCUUCCUGCCAGCUGUGGGAGGGCUAAAAUGAUUGCCUCUGAUGGGUUCCCAGAAGACAGUUUCCAAAGGGGAGUUGCAAAGCCUUCAGAAGGUGAGUUGCCAAGCCCAGGAGACAUCAAUGCCCCUCAGGGAGCUGGAGAAACCUAUGCCCUGAGCCCUCUGCCUUCUAGCAGGAAAGAGUCCCAUGGGCCUAAGACCAUCAGAGACAGCAGGUUUGGGAAUCCCAGACAUCUGUCUGAUGGCCAGAUUGGGGUGGAGGAGAAGAAUGCUAGAAAGGCUGUUCCAAGAUGGAUCCAGAUUCAGGAGUUGUUAGACACUCCCCCAGAAAAUGGCCCCAUGAAAGAGAUCUCUAGAGAGAACAAUUCUGGUGGGAAGGUGCCUAGGAAUAGAGUAGAAGCAAAAGCACUAAAGGGGAUGACUCAAUCAUCAGAGGCCCCUGCUGAUUACAGCCACAUGGCUGACCUGGCCAGUCUGGAGGAAGAGGACCAGUAUGCAAACAUGUGGGGGCCAAGGAGACCUGGCCAGAAGAAGGAAUUUAGGCUCCUAAAAGGACAGACCAGGCUGGCUGGUCUGAAGAAAGCAAGCCCACUCCCAGAGCCCAGUGCCUUGCUCUAUCCAGCACCCUUAGGGAAGAUGACAAAGAUCCUGAAGGCCAGCCCCGUGAUGGCUGCCCCCAGGCCAUGGUUCAGGGCUCCAGGAAGCAGCCCUCUGAAAGGAAAGGCUGCAAAUGACCACGUCCGACUGUUUGUGGCCCUUUGGGACUAUGACCCCCGGCUGAUGUCCACCAACCCUGCGACUGCUGCAGAAGAGCUCACCUUCCAGCGGGGCCAGCUCCUGAAGGUCUGGGGGGAUCAAGACGCGGAGGGAUUCUAUCACGGAGAGUGUGCGGGUCGGAUGGGCUACAUCCCUGGGGACAUGGUGUCUGAAGUACAAGUGGAGGGCAGUGACAUCCUCAAGAAGCUGCUCUGGCAAGACCGCCUGCCAUCGGGGGUGUCCCUGGAUGGCCUCCUGGGACUCUCUACGCAGCCCCAGAAGAGCUUCUCCAUGGCAAGGGGGACCCACCGGCGAGUCCAGCUUUGGCACCCACAGACCAUGGUGGCCGCCUUUGACUACCACCCCCGGAAGAGCUCUAGCCUGAGCGUGACCGAGGAGCUGAGCCUGAGUGCCGGUGAUGUGGUCACUGUGCUGAGCUCCGUGGAUGACAACGGCUUCUUCUAUGGGGAGCUAAAUGGGCAGAGAGGUCUGGUCCCAUCGAACCUUCUGAAGACCCCAGCCCUGAAUGCUGAGUAGCGGAGGUCCUGCAGACCUGGCUUCUGCUCAUCCUUCGUCCAGGACAGAGCCGAGCCAGCUCCUGAGAGCAUGGCGCAUUGACAACCACCACAUCUAUAUAAAAAAAGCCCCACACCUUUUUUCAUCAAUAGAGACUAUAGAAUUGUACUCACUCUGAGAACAAGGUUUAAAACCUGGCUUCAGGUAAUUAAAAGAAACAACAACAAAACCCCGUUAUUUGGGGUGUGUCCUGACAAGGUGCGCUGUGGUUCCAGAUGAGUAAUUUGAUCGGUUUGGGGAAUCCCCUCCGCUGAUGUGUUGGUGACUCUUCUGUAACUGAGCAGCCCGGGGGGACUGAGAGGCUGCGCUUUGCCGAGGCCGGCCCAGCCAGUGGCAGACAGAGACUGGAUUUGAGCCCAGAUCCCCCACGACUGCUGAGGCCCAGCCCGGCUAUCCGCUACCCCUCUGGGCUAAUGCGGAAUGAAAACUGUUACGAGUGGGCUGGCCGGGACAGGGUAGAACUCGCUGAUUAGGGACAGGGCCGGGGCCAAACUCAGGGCUGUCCGCCGGACAGGCUUCUUCUCCUAGGAGAAGAGACGAUUGGUGUUUCGAGCAGGGACGCUGCUCAGUGAUUGAAUGGUAGACAUCUCAUCCAUGUGUCGGGCUACUCUGGCAUGGGAAGAGGGAGGUCUAGAAGAUAUCCACUUUCUAGCUUUUCCUAAGCUGCCCCUCCUUAAAAUGCAGAAAGGAAAAAAAGAG